AUGGUUCCCGCCCCCCGCACAUUCAGCCGCAGCACCGGUCUCCUCGUCAGUGGAGCCGGCGUCGCCUCAGCAGCCCCUCUCCUCUUCUUCAUCCCCGGCUUCGAAGAGCGUUUGGCAGCACAAGCCGCGAAAUGGGGACCGCGCUGGAACAGAGGGUUCGCGAAGCGUGCGAGACUUGAACAUCAUUACAGCACCAAGGUGGAGCCGAGAUUGGAGAAAGGAGUGGCAAAGGUGGAACCGCCGUUGAAGAAGGCUGCGCUUAUGGUGGAUCGGAAUAUGAAGAAGAUGUUUGAGCGGUUUCCGCAGGUGAAGAAGUAG